CUGCUGUUGCUGCUGCUGCUGGGCUCGCUAUUGCCGCUCGCUCCAGCUGAGCCCUGAGUAGCAGCAGGACCAGGGCAGGGAUUGACUCCAGUCCUUGGACUUAGGACACCGCAGCACCUUCCCUUACGUGCGUGACUCAGUCGCAUAUCAUUUCUGUUUAUGCCUGGGGUGGGGAGAAAUAUCCCAAACCAGCCGUGUAAAUGAGUAUGGAAGAUUAUGAUUUCCUCUUCAAGAUUGUUUUAAUUGGCAACGCUGGAGUGGGGAAGACGUGCCUAGUCCGACGAUUCACUCAGGGUCUUUUCCCCCCAGGUCAAGGAGCCACAAUUGGAGUCGAUUUUAUGAUUAAAACAGUGGAGAUUAAUGGUGAAAAAGUAAAGUUACAGAUCUGGGACACUGCAGGUCAAGAGAGAUUUCGUUCAAUUACCCAAAGUUAUUACCGAAGCGCCAAUGCCUUGAUCCUUACCUAUGACAUCACCUGUGAGGAAUCCUUCCGUUGCCUUCCUGAGUGGUUGCGAGAGAUAGAACAGUAUGCUAGCAAUAAGGUCAUCACUGUGCUAGUGGGCAACAAGAUUGACCUGGCUGAAAGGAGAGAGGUCUCCCAGCAGAGGGCAGAGGAAUUCUCAGAAGCUCAGGACAUGUAUUACCUGGAGACUUCAGCCAAGGAAUCUGAUAACGUGGAGAAACUCUUCCUUGACUUAGCAUGCCGGCUCAUCAGUGAAGCAAGACAGAACACACUGGUGAACAAUGUUUCUUCACCCUUACCCGGAGAGGGCAAAAGCAUCAGCUAUUUGACUUGUUGUAAUUUCAACUAAAGGCUGAGGCAAAGAGAAUCAAAGGGAAUCAGUAGUUGCCUUGGUGGGCCGUCUGGCAAUGACAGUGGCUCCCGCUCUUGGACCUUCUGACUCCUGUAGGCUCCAGAGCUUACAAAGCAUGCAGGCCAAGGGCCUCGACUGCAGGCCGGCAUCAGCAGAACACAUAACGGUUCCAGCCUUUUGCAGUCUGGCAUUGGAGCAAAGAGAAAAUUGCACUAAGUGCUCCAUGAUCUGCAGAGCAUGUUGCUUUUAUUUUUAAAAAAGCAAGUAAAAAUGCAUUCCUGAACACAGUGCAGGGGAUCACGUACUGUGGGAAUCCCUCCUGUGUGUCAGCGGGUACAUGUGGGGCUGUUCUUUAGACUUCAGUGGUAAUCUGGUGCCCAUGGUUUUCUUGUCUACCAGGUAAACCAAAACUGGAAAGGCCAAGUACUGUCUCUGUGGUCCUUACUGAUAACCCCAUGGAGAUUUUGAAAAGUGUUGUUUCUUCGGUCCACAAGCACUUUCAAAACCUUUGGGAUGUAAAAACGAAAACUCAUCUCAUGACCAACAGUAAAAAUUAUUGUUUAUAAUAA